CUCUCGAGAGUCGAACGCACCAGUCCACCCUCCUCCGCCGCCACUGUUGCCCGCGUGUUUCUGUGCUUGUGUCUCCACUCGAUCAUCCUCAGCCGCGCCCUCUCCUCCGAUAGCCAAGUAUCCCAGUGAUAUCUAUCUGUAGAAAACACCCAAAAGCCAUGUUGAAGUCCACUCUCGUUUUGUCGUGCCUUCUGCUGGCCAGCAGCAGCCUCGUCCGCGCCGAGGACCUCAAGGUGGAGGUGGUCAGCACCCCGGAGGUGUGCGAGCAGAAGUCCAAGAGCGGAGACUCCCUCACGAUGCACUACACUGGCACCCUGCAGGCCGAUGGCAAGAAGUUCGAUUCGAGCUUCGACCGGGACCAGCCCUUCACAUUCCAAUUGGGCGCCGGACAGGUGAUUAAGGGAUGGGACCAGGGUCUGCUCAACAUGUGCGUGGGUGAGAAGCGCAAGCUGACGAUCCCCCCACAGCUGGGCUAUGGCGAUCAGGGAGCUGGCAAUGUGAUCCCGCCCAAGGCCACGCUUCUGUUCGACGUGGAGCUGAUCAACAUCGGCAAUGCCCCGCCCACCACGAACGUGUUCAAGGAGAUCGACGAGAACGCCGACAAGCAGCUGAGUCGCGAAGAGGUGAGCGAGUAUCUGAAGAAGCAGAUGACGGCCGUGGAGGGCCAGGACUCGUCCGAGCUGAAGAACAUGCUGGCCGAGAACGACAAGCUGGUGGAGGAGAUCUUCCAGCACGAGGACAAGGACAAGAACGGCUACAUCUCGCACGAUGAGUUCUCCGGGCCCAAGCACGACGAGCUGUAGGGGGCUCCUCCACCCUCUCUCAUUCGACAGGUGCAGCGACAACGAAGGGACAAGAGUGCUUAAGUUAUACAUACACAAAACGUAAAUCUACACAUAAGCAGUUAUACACCCGCUAAUAAACAGAGUAACACAGGUGUACACAAUCCAA